AGUCUCGAGGAAACUUUCAUUCAGCUAGCAACCGAUGGAUUUACUUGUCAUCGUGACGGGCUAUGUGCGUAUAUUUUAUUCAAAAGUUCGAUUCUAAGUACUUUUGAUUUUUUAUUUUUAUUUGUGAACAGUUCAACAGAUUAAAAUCAAAACUUUUGUUCAAGCAAUCAUUGAAUAAUAAUGAAAUGUGUUUGCAAAUAGAAAAUUAAUGGACGGAAACAAUUGGAAUAAUAAAGAAAUUGACCGAAUAAAAAUUAACUUUUGGUGCUUUGGGUGUUCAAGUUUUAAUCAAAAAAUAACGGAUCGUGGUGAAAACAAAUAAAGUAAAAUUGUGCUCAAAUUCCAAGUGAAAAACAUAGAAUUUCGUUGCGUUUGACCAUCAUAGCCCGACCAUGAAAAUUAUUUAUCACACAUUGAACACCGACAUAUCUGUUGUGUUGCGUUAUCUAUUCAGGCGAGAGCAACAUCGGCAACAAUCAUGUCAUCGCACAUAUUGCUCAAGAUCAAAACAUGUUUUCCCAGUGGCAAAUAAGACAGAUAAGUAAAUAAAAACAAAGUUUAAAUAAACUCGCAGUAAAUGUGAUGGGGUAUGUGUCAGUAUCAUGUUUAUGAGACGAAGAAAAACACAAAAACAUUUAAAUGAUAGAUAAACUGUUCAAAAACCGUUAAAAUUGCUUAAUCAAAAGUGUGCAAAGUGAGGUAAGAAAAAAAAACGACCGAAUCCCGUAGUGUUGGCAUCAGUUUCAACAAAAAUGACGAAAAAACAUUUGACCUUGUAUUUGUUUGACACAUAUACGUAAUUUGAGCAGCAACAGCAACAACAGUGGAAAAUAAGAAUUUCCAGAAGGACAUUAGAAAAACAAACGAACCGAAACAAAAAUGCGAAACACAAACAUACCGCGGAAUUGGUUGCUGUUGCGGCAUCAUCAUCGUCGUUCAGUGUUUGACAAAACUUCGGGUUCGCACAACACUUUUGCCGACUGUAAAUUGUAAUUUUGUGACGGGAAACGCAAAGAGCAAUUGCAUUGAAACAAAACAAUAAACAGGAGUACGUAGCCAGAUAGAUAAACCAUACAUACACACACAGCAAAUACACACACACGAAUACAACAAAAAGUAAAAAAAAAUGUCGUUGACUGUGCGAAUUCUGGAGUUUCGUUUGCCGAAACCCAAGGCAAAUCUCAUCGGACGAGUUGAAUUUCGUGGAAUGGCUCAUACAACCAAUGAACUGGCAUCGAAAACAAACAUCCUCGAAGUAAAUCAGUCGUUCAUAUGGCCGCUAGCUCGCCCAUCCACAGCAGACGAAAGUGUUGUUGUUGAGCUGCGAACACAAACAACUAAAAUCCUCUUGAAAACGGGAUUGGCAUCGACGUCAACAUCACGCGGCACCAUCGCAAGUAACAGCAAAAUGGUCGGACGCUAUGUUAUGCUGAUGCAAGGUCUAAUUAAUGCACAGCGCUUGCGAAUCGAGGACCGACUCACCGACCUCAACAACAAACCAAUCGAUGUCAUUGUGGUGUUUGAAAUUUCAUACAAAUCGCCCGAUGACGAAGCGGGAAACUUUGAACCGAGACAUUUGGUUGAUCCGAUCCAGCGUCAACAUCAUCACGUCCACGGACAGUCGGACAGCAUCGAUGAUGACCAACAAAAAUUGCUUGAUAUCGAGCAAAACAUUGCCAAUUUGGAGAAGAAUUUGAUUCGUGAUAAGGAUUCGGAUGAGUGUCGUCAACCGCGCCGCAGUCGAAAACGGGAUUUUUUGAAGCGAGUCAUGUCAUCAUCACAUCAUCGUUCAAAUACCAUUGAAAUCAGUGAUUCGGAACGCAAUUUCGACGCACCAACGAGAGAUGCUAAAUCAAUAGAAAAUCCGGGUAGCAGUAGCAAAGUGCAUAGCUUAAAUGAGAAGAAGGUGAGCUUGCGAACGGUGCGGCAAUUCAUGCGGCUAGGUAAAAGUAAACAGCAAUCAAGUCGACGAGACAGCAGCACAGAAGAUGAAAAUAGGUCACUGAUUAGCGAUGUGGACGGUGGUGGAUUUACCUCGGCACACGAUUCGCAAAACGAUCGAAGCGAUAACAUUUCGCAGACACCGUCAUACGAUUCGAGUGAUGGCGAAGAGGAGGAAGAGUUUACAGUGGAAAGCAAGAGCAAACGAGUGCGACCCGUAACACGACUCGAACAGCAUUUAAAGGCUCAAGACUUUCAAGUGUGUGUAACGAUAAUCGAAGCACGACAACUGCCCGGUUUGAAUAUGGACCCAGUCGUGUGUAUUCAGAUUGGUGAUCAGAAGAAAUACACGUCGGUGAAGGAAUCAACAAAUUGCCCGUAUUAUAACGAAUAUUUUGUAUUUGAUUUUCACAUGGCCCCAGCGAUGCUGUUUGAUAAAAUUAUUACGCUGUCGGUGCUUCAUUCCAGGCGAUUUCUGAGAUCAGGAACCGUAGUCGGUUCAUUUAAAAUCGACUUGAAAACGGUGUACGAUGCAAAGGACCAUCAAUUUUACCAUAAAUGGGCGCUGCUAACGGAUCCCGAUGAUUUUAUAAGCGGUCCAAAAGGCUAUUUAAAAUGUGAUAUUGGCAUCAUUGGGAAGGGCGAUACCGUGAAAAUGCAACCAAAAUCCGAAAAAGACCAUGAUGACAUCGAAGCGAAUCUAUUAUUGCCCGAAGGAGUACCGAUUGAACGGCAACGAGCCAAAUUUGUGAUCAAAAUCUAUCGUGCUGACGGUUUGCCGCGGAUGAACUCAUCAAUAAUGGCGAAUGUCAAGAGAGCUUUUACCGGCGAAUCGAAAGAUUUAGUCAGCCCAUUCGUGCAUGUCUCGUUCGCUGGAUUAUCGGGUAAAACCACGGUAAAAAAGAACUCGUAUAACCCAUCGUGGAAUGAGGAAUUGAUAUUCACCGAAAUGUUUCCGCCGCUAUGCCAACGUAUUAAGGUUCAACUGAGAGAUGCUGAUCCGAUGAAACCGUCGAUAAUCGGAACACAUUACAUUGAUCUAAAACAAAUAUCGAACGACGGUGAAAAGGGAUUUCUGCCAACAUUCGGACCAUCAUUCAUUCAUUUAUAUGGAUCGACACGAGACUACAGUCUGCUGGACCAACACUCAAAUCUCAACACUGGCCUCGGUGAAGGUGUUAGCUAUCGUGCCCGCUUGCUCAUUGCCAUUCGCACCGAAAUAACGGAUAAUGUGGAAACAACGAUGGAGAAAAAUGUUGAAUUGCAACCGACAAUGCCGGUGUGUGAGACAUCGUAUUCAAAAAUCGAGGAAUUUUUCCUUUUUUCAACGAUUAUGGAAGCGACGAUGAUCGAUAAAAAGCUCAGCGAUAAAUCCGUUUACUUUGAAUUGAGUGUGGGGAAUGCGGGCAACAGUAUUGACGGUCACAACGAGAGUCAAUGCAGUAACGUUGGCGAUGAUGGUGAACUCGAGACGGUAGAUACGACUGCAUUCAACAGUACAACCAAUUCGUGUAAGCCCAUUUCGCAUGAUAAAUUGUAUUAUUAUCUACCGUAUUGGGACUACAAACCAUGCAUGAACGUACGAUGCCAUUUUCCCGAUCUGAGGCGUCGUAUGUACAAUAGCAACAUGAUUGCGAAACUGGUCGAUGCAAUGGAGGAAGGACUGCACAAUACAAACUCACUCAUCGAAAAUGAAGACGCUCGUGCCGAAGUGAAAUUACGUACAACACUUGAAGAGCUGGCUUCGGGAUGCCUGAAAUAUGUUGCCAUUACAAAAAAUAGCCUGACGGGACCGGGCACUGGCAAAACCAAAUUGGAUAAAGAACGCAUGAAACUGUGCGAACGUGAAAUUGAAGCCAUUGGGAAUAUGGCACGGAAUCUGCGUGCAUUAGUGACGAAAAAUUCCAUGAAGGAACGCUUUCGAACGGCUCAAACCUAUUUACAAAAGUUGAAAUUCUUAGUAGAUGAUCCUCAACAUUCGUUGCCCGAUGUCUUUAUUUGGCUCAUUGCAAACGGCAAACGAAUUGCGUAUCAUCGCAUUUUUGCACGUGACUUAAUUUACUCAAUGAUCGAAGAAGAGUGUGGAAUUCAUUGUGGCAAAGUACAAACAAUUAUGCUACGUUUGCCAGGGAACAAGUCGAACACGCCCGCUGGAUGGACGGUUCAAUCGAAGCUCUCAAUUUAUCUGUGGUUGGGUAUUAUUCAAAAUCGACAGUUUAGUUACUCCGGUUUGCCAAAGGGUUUUGAUUUGUCACCUGAAAUUCGAAACGCUGAACGACCCGGUGCUUUGGCACCGUCGAACAUUCAUUAUUUGGAGAAACACACGUUUCAAUUGCGUGCUCACCUAUACCAAGCACGAUCUCUAAUCGGUUCUGACGCCUCUGGUCUAAGUGAUCCUUAUGCCACGGUUUACAUAACGGAAUUUGCAAAAACCACACAGGUGAUUGAAGAGACUUUGAGCCCAACGUGGGAUGAGUUGCUCUUAUUUGAUGAUGUGCUUGUUUAUGGGACGAAAGAAGAAAUUAAGAAAAAUCCACCGACAGUAGUAAUCGAAAUUUAUGACCAAGACAAGGUGGGAAAGAGUGAAUUUAUUGGGCGAACGAUUGCAAAACCGCGCAUAAAGUUAAAAGAAAAUCCUUACGUUAUACCCACGUUGGACUGGUUUGCCAUCGAAAGAGGUUUGGACAAUGCGGGCGAACUGUUGGCUGCAUUCGAAAUGAUUGAGUAUGGUUCGGAAAAUAUUGGUAACUUACCCGAACCAAAGCCACUAAAUUAUGAGUUUCCAAGAGAAAGAAGUAGUUUACCGAUCCAAACAAUAAUGCCCGUUCCCCGUGAGAUUCGUCCGCAUUUGGCGAUGUAUCGCUUGAAAGUGCUGUUAUGGGGUUUGCGCGACUUAAAGCGCAUUCAUUUCAUGAGCGUUGAUCGCCCACGUAUCGAUGUUGAAUGCUCCGGUAAAAUAUUGAGCUCGAGCAUCAUACAAAAUGCGAAAAAGAAUCCCAAUUUCCCAACUAUGCUCAAAUUUUUCGAUCUCGAGCUACCGAUCGAAGAAAAUUAUGCACCACCAAUCACAAUCCGAUGCGUGGAUUGUAGGUCAUUUGGAAGAUACACAUUGGUGGGCACACAUCAAAUAACUUCGAUUCAUAAGUAUAUUCAUCGGCCAGCACCUAAGGAAGACGUGUCAAAGUAUUCGACUCAAGGUGGACAAAUAAUUCUCACUGUUAAAACACCAAAUGCUCAGAAUGGUGUUGAAGACAAAACAACAGCACCAAAAAAUUCGUCCUGUGAAUAUAUCACUCAGUAUGGGGCUGUUUGUGUCUCGAAAAUAACGUCGAAGAAAAGCGACCGUCGAAAAAUUGCGUUGGAACCGCAAGAAACCAUCGAUCCGGAUGAGGAUGAGAAUAGCAAAGAUUGGUGGACGAAAUACUUUUGGUCACACGAAGUACUAUCCGAACUGAAAAGUCCAUUUCCUCAACGAAAAACUCAAACUCAGCGUGAGGAGAAAUUGAAAAUCGGUCUCAAAGGUGUUAAAUUAGUAACUAAGCUCAGUCCAAAACAUGCCAAAAAAGAAACGGUGGAAGCUGUUAAGCCGAACAAAGCAUUAUGUCAUAUUUACAAUAAUGAACUUGAAAAUUUGCCCGAUUACAACAAUUUCAAAGAGUGGCUACUGUCAUUCCCACUGUUCAGAGGUAAAAAGACUGGUGAUUCGACGGAAGAUGAGAAUCGCAUUGUGGGUUUCUUUAAAGGAGCUGUAAAAGUCUAUAGACUUCCGCUCCCCAAAGACGUUGAACCAGCAUUCGCGCCAACAAUACCAACCAAUGACCCAAUUCACGUGUUGGUUCGAGUUUACAUCGUGAAAGCGACUGAUUUGCACCCGAUGGAUUUGAAUGGCAAGGCCGAUCCGUACGUGGUGCUUCAGUUGGGCAGCAAACGUGUUUCUGAUAAGGAAAAUUACGUCAGCAAACAAUUGAAUCCCGUGUUUGGUAAAUGCUUUGAAAUUGAAGCAACCUUCCCACAAGAUUCACUGUUGAAUAUUCAAGUGCUCGAUUGGGAUUUGGUUGGAUCAGAUGAUUUGAUCGGCGAGACAAAAAUUGAUUUGGAAAAUCGAUUUUAUAGCAAACAUCGAGCCACCUGCGGAAUUGCACUGAAAUAUGAAGAAUUUGGCUACAAUAGAUGGCGUGACCCAAUGAAGCCAACGCAAAUUUUACAAAAACUCUGCAAAGACAACAAGCUCGAAACACCACAUUAUUUCCAAGAUCGCGUCGUCAUUGGGAGGUACUGUAUGACAUUCACCGAGGAAGAAGUUUUCGCUUGGAAUGGUCCGACAACGUGCAAAAAUCGCGACGAACACUUAGCGUUAGCAGUUCUCCAUCGAUGGUCGGAAAUUCCGAAUGUCGGCUGCAAAAUCGUUCCCGAACACAUUGAAUCGCGCUCACUGUACAAUCCGGACAAAAUGGGCAUCGAACAAGGAAAGCUUGAAAUGUGGGUUGAUAUGUUUCCGAUGGAUAUGCCACUUCCCGGUCCACCAGUUGAUAUAUCACCGCGCAAACCGAAAUCAUAUGAACUGCGCGUCGUCAUUUGGAAUACGGAUGACGUUGUGCUGGAAGAUGAUGCAUUCUUUACGGGCGAAAAAAUGUCGGAUAUUUAUGUAAAAGGCUGGUUAAAAGGACCACAAGACGUACAAGCAACUGACAUUCAUUACCGUUCAUUAACUGGUGAGGGGAAUUUCAAUUGGCGUUUCAUAUUUCCAUUUGACUAUUUAGCAGCGGAAGAACGAAUUGUGUUGUCGAGAAAAGAGUCACUGUUCAGUUGGGACGAGACGGAAAUAAAGAUUCCGGCUCGUUUGGAGUUACAAGUAUGGGAUAAUGAUAAAUUCUCCUCAGACGAUUUUCUUGGUGCUAUUUCGCUAAAUCUGAAUCGUUUUCCCCGGGGCGCUAAGUCAUCGAAAUUAUGUACACUGGAUAUGCUAAAAUUGGAUAAUGUGCCAACAGUAAAUAUAUUUAAGCAAAAACGCAUUCGCGGUUGGUGGCCAUUUUUCAUUAAAAAAGAGAAUGAUGAAUUGGAACUGACUGGCAAAGUUGAAGCGGAAAUACACUUGUUGACGAAAGAAGAAUCGGAACAAAAUCCAGCUGGACAUGGUAGAAACGAACCAGAUGCGUUGGAAAAACCAAAUCGUCCGGAUGCGUCGUUUAUGUGGUUCUUGAAUCCGUUGAAGUCCAUACGAUACAUUGUUUGGCACAAUUACAAAUGGUCCAUACUGAAGGGAUUCAUCAUAUUGGCUGUUGCGUUUAUGUUGCUGUUAUUCUUCUAUUCGGUGCCCGGAUACACAGUUAAGAAGUUGCUUGGUGCAUAAGUAGUUGUUGUUAAUGCGGUUGUGGUCACAACUUAAGUAUAUAUAUAUCUCAGUCUCGAGUAAAUCAAACCAAAAACACCCAAAAACUGUACAAAUUCAAGCUUUCUCAUUCCAAUUAAGCUUUAUGAAACGUUCAAAUUAUAUUGUUAACCAAAGUGGUACACAUAUCCAAAGAGAUUAAAUUUUCUAUGGCAUUUACAUGUAAAAUCCAAUUCCACAGACGGAAUAAACUGACCUCGAAAUCCAGAAUGAGGCUAUAAAAUGAGUCAUUUCAAUUAAAAUAUUAUCACAUUCAUGUUUUUCAAAGAAUUUACAAGCAAAAUAAUCAACACAUAACUUAAUACGCACUGUGAACCUUCAACUCAGUUAGCAACGCUUUCAAUAGAGUUAGACUUAAUUCGUAAAAAUCAACUCUUCAAUGCAUGCGUUUCAGAAGUGAUUCGAUUCAUUGUUUUUCUUCUUUCGAAUAGUUAAUAGUUUUUAAACAGAUUGUUCUAGACUUUGAUCUGCCUAUCACAGAAAGAAAACUGUCUUGUCAACUGUGUUGAAUGUUGGAAAGUCUAUGGAUAAUUUAACUGUACAAAAUUGAGCAUCGUAAUGUUUAAGCUAAUAGAUGAUAGAGUUUGGAUUCGAAUUUAUGAUUCGAAUUAUGAAUGUAAAAACAAAUGUAAAUUUUGAUCAAGAGCGACGUGCGAUACAAUCACUAGGAACUGUUUGAUAGGUAACAUUUAAGUAAGGCAAAUGAAACCAAUUUUUUUUUUUAUCAAUUAAGGUUGUUGUUAUCUUAAGCAACAUAUUUCUUCAAAUAGUAGAAAAUAAUAUAUAUAUUUUUGAAUCUUAUGUACUGUACAUUAAAUAUUGCAAAAGAGAGUGAAAUCUGUAAAAUCUGUAUGAUAAGAAAUGACUUAAGAAAACAAAAAGUGGCACUAUUCCAAGGAACAACAUUUGUACUCUUCUCAAAUGAGCACUCAGAAGAGUCUCUCUUCCCUGCGACUAUUCUGCCACAAAUGCCCAAAACGAUUAUAUGAUUGAUGGAACAAAUUGUGAAAAAUGUUGCGAAUUUGUCUGUUGUGCUACGGUGCUUUCAUUCGUUUUAUUCGCGUUAAGUGCUUAUACAUAUUUUAUAAAGGAAAAAAAAUGGUAUAUUCUUCGAAAAUUUACUGUGAUUCAUGUGACAUAGUUUGUAAUAAAUAGUGAAAUGAAAAAUGUGUAUCAACAACAAUGAACAUUAUUUGAAAAUUAAAUACAAAUUUUUAAUUCAAUUUUAAUCUCACAAAGUACAAAUGAAUGCACACAAUUUAAUCUCUUUUCGAAUUUGCCAUUCCAUUGAAACACAUUUUGUUUUUAUUUCGUUCUUUUUAUCAAAAUUCUACGAUAAGAACAUUUUGAAUGGAAAACAAAAAUAUUCAAGACUUUUAAUCUAAAUUCAUUCAACAGUUAUGUCCAGUUAUGUCUCAUUCAAAAAAUAAAGCAUCUUAUGAAAUCGUA